AGUGGCGUAAACGUGUACAGCGAGGAGGAGCCGCGCUUGCGUGCGCGCCGUUCAGCUAGAAGAAGAACGAAGCGUCUGCAACUGCACGCAGCCUCACCGUCGCCAGCAUGGACCACGCCGCCACCAAUGCCAACAUGGCCGCCUUGAGCCUCAACGAGCACCAUCACGAGAAUGGCGUUGCAGCUCAUGCCGCCAAGAUGGAUAAUGGAGCCGCGGAGAAGAAGUCUCAAACUCCGAUGAGCAAAAUGUCCAUCAGAGCUCAGCCAGAUGCCACCAGCGGCCAGAGCAGUCCCGGGACACCCAAGUCUCCCUCCAGUCAGGCGUUGGCCGGCAAGCCGGCGGGCGAUGCCCACAAGGUGAAGAAAGUAGCAGUGGUGCGGAGUUCCCCAAAGUCGCCCGGUUCCCUGAAGACCCCGACCACUCUGGCAGCCGCGCCACCCAUGCCGGACCUGAAGACAGUCAAGUCAAAGAUCGGAUCCACCGGAAACAUCAAGCACCAGCCAGGCGGUGGCAAGGUGCAGAUCCUGGACCAGAAGGUGGACUACAGUAACGUCCAGUCCAAAUGUGGCUCCAAAGCCAACCUUAAACACGUGCCUGGAGGCGGUAAUGUUCAAAUCCUGGAGAAGAAGUUGGACCUGUCAGGUGUCCAAGCCCGCUGCGGCUCCAAAGAUAACCUCAAGCACACCCCGGGCGGCGGCAAGGUUGAGAUUGUGAACAAGAAGUUGGACUUGAGCAACGUGCGUUCCCGCUGCGGUUCCAAAGAUAAUAUUAAACAUGUCCCCGGUGGCGGCAAUGUCCAAAUCGUCCACAAAAAAGUGGACCUGAGUAGCGUGUCAUCCAAGUGCGGCUCCAAAGCCAACAUCCACCACAAACCAGGUGGCGGCAAUGUGGAGAUCAAAAAUGAGAAGCUGGAUUUCAAAGUUCAAUCCAAGGUGGGCUCACUUGGAAACAUCAGUCACGUGCCAGGAGGUGGACAGAAAAAGAUCGAGAGCCACAAGCUGAACUUCCGUGAGGGCGCCAAGGCGCGCACGGACCACGGCGCCGAGAUCAUCUCCCUGGAAGACUCACCCACCCGCCAGCUCAGCACCGUGUCGUCGUCCGGCAGCCUCAACAUGGCAGACCCGCCCCAGCUGUCCACACUGGCCGACCGGGUCAGCGCCUCGCUCGCCCGGCAGGGUCUGUGAGGGCCCUGCCAAACUCCAACCCCCCCUCCUCUUCCUUGUCCCGCUGCGUCACCUUCCCCAUCCUCCUUCUCACCGGACUUUUCGUAGCUUCUGUCACGGUUGGAUCGUAAUUCGCAUUAGGGCCAUUUGACUUGGAGUGUCACAUUCACCGCCAAUUGCUCUCAGCCGUUCGGGCCUUCCGAAAUUUUAAAGUACAAAACAGUCCCGUUGAUCAAUUGCCAUCUUGGAGCCAAUCAUUUUAGCACCCCCGCAUCUUAGCCUCUUUCAUAGGGACGUUGGCUGCUGUCGUUGAAUCCAAGUUGUCUUCACUUUCUUCCUUUGUGCCCGUUUUGAGGCUUGCCGGCCUGCCAAUCUUCAGUCGUCACUAUCUUGUCCGAGUUUGAUGACAAAGUUGCCGCCGUCCGUUGCUCUUGGUGCGGGUCGGCGAUGUUUAGAAACGUUGUUGGCCAAAUGAGGAACGUCGAGCGCUUUUGAGCAGUAUUGUCAGUUGAGUUGAGAGAAGUGAGCGACGCAAGUCAAUUCCCCGUGCCGCCAUUUUGUUGUCGAUGUUUGAUGCAUAUUUUCAGCUUCGUGUGAUCGGAAAUCCUUGGGCAGGUGUCCGACCUCAUCUUCCGUAGAAUAUCUAUUUAUAGUUCCAGUUGAUUGACAGUCAUGGGUCUUUGUAAAGUAUAUAGCCAAUGGGGGGGGGGGUCCUGCUGUGACAUCACUUCCUGCAUGAGUUGCCAAAGGGAAGUGAAGCCAAGCGCCAUUUGCUUUGGGUUUUUUCCACACGGAGCCGCCAGAUUCGAAGCUUGUGCGUUUGCAGGGUAAUGCCACUUUUGUCCACAGUGUGUCGUGUUUUCUUACCAGAGAUGAGUUGCAUGCUAACUAACUUCUAAUGUGUCACUUGACGACCGAGACGAAGACGAUGAUCUCCGUGAGCCGGUUUCCAUAGUAACCAACUCACACGCUGUACAGUGGUGCAAAUGUGAUUGUUGUAUUUGCGCAUUUAAUGUUUGUGUUUGACAAUAAAGGCUACCGAGUCACCCGA